AGUUGAGAAGCUAACACAGAAAAAGUUCACACGUAAAACGGGAGAGGACUACUUUGGUUUUCAUUCAUCUUCAUAUAUCCUUCUCGUUGAUUUUUUUUUCCCUUUAUUUCUCAAAUUUAUUUUUGGAGAUGGAUUAUGAGUAUAUUCUGGGAGGGAUAAUAGCUUCUAGUUUGGUGCUUGUGUUUGUUCUAUACGGUUCUGCAUCAAAGAAGAAGGCCCCAGAUUCAGUACAUGCAGAAAGUAAUGGUAGUAUUCUAAGGACUUCAGAAAAUCGAAAACACCAUGAAGAUAUCUCAGAAAAUGCCGAUAUCAUCAUUGUUGGUGCUGGGGUUGCUGGCGCAGCCCUUGCUUACACUCUUGGGAAGGAUGGGAGAAGAGUGCAUGUUAUUGAAAGGGACCUGACUGAACCAGACAGGAUUGUGGGUGAAUUGCUACAGCCUGGGGGUUAUCUCAAGUUAAUUGAAUUGGGUCUUGAAGAUUGUGUGGAUGAAAUUGAUGCUCAGCAAGUUUUUGGCUAUGCUCUUUAUAAGGAUGGGAAAAAUACCAAGCUCUCUUAUCCCUUGGAAAAAUUUCACUCUGAUGUGUCUGGACGAAGCUUUCACAAUGGCCGUUUCAUACAGAGAAUGCGAGAGAAGGCUUCAUCUCUUCCAAAUGUAAAAUUAGAACAAGGAACUGUCACAUCUCUACUGGAAGAAAAUGGAAUCGUCAAAGGAGUACACUACAAAUCCAAGAGUGGACAAGAACUCACAGCAAAGGCUCCCCUGACCAUUGUAUGUGAUGGUUGUUUUUCCAAUUUGAGACGUUCUCUUUGCAACCCAAAGGUUGAGGUGCCAUCUCAUUUUGUUGGUUUGGUCCUGAAGAACUGCAAUCUUCCAUAUGCAAACCAUGGGCACGUUAUCUUGGGUGAUCCUUCUCCCAUUUUGUUUUAUCCCAUCAGUAGCACUGAGAUCAGGUGUUUGGUUGAUGUACCUGGCCAAAAAUUGCCUUCCCUUGGUAACGGUGACAUGGCUCAUUAUUUGAAAACAGUAGUAGCUCCUCAGGUUCCCCAAGAACUUCGUGCUUCUUUUAUAUCAGCAGUUGACAGAGGAAGCAUAAGAAGCAUGCCAAACAGAAGCAUGCCUGCAUCUCCUUUCCCCACACCUGGUGCCCUUCUCAUGGGAGAUGCUUUUAAUAUGCGUCACCCUUUAACCGGAGGGGGAAUGACUGUGGCUUUGUCUGACACUGUUUUGCUAAGGAAUCUUCUUAGACCUUUGCAUGAUUUGCAUGAUGCUUCUGCUCUUUGCAAAUAUCUUGAAUCAUUCUACACCCUGCGCAAGCCAGUGGCAUCUACAAUAAACACAUUAGCUGGGGCAUUAUACAAGGUGUUUUGUGCAUCUCCUGACCCAGCUAGUAAGGAAAUGCGCCAGGCAUGUUUUGAUUAUUUGAGCCUUGGUGGUGCUUUCUCUGAUGGACCAAUAGCUCUACUUUCUGGUCUAAAUCCUCGUCCAUUAAGCUUGGUUCUCCACUUCUUUGCGGUGGCUAUAUAUGGUGUUGGCCGCUUGCUAAUACCUUUUCCUUCUCCAAAACGAAUGUGGAUCGGAGCUAGAUUGAUUUCUGGUGCGUCAGGUAUAAUUUUCCCCAUUAUCAAGGCUGAAGGAAUUAGGCAAAUGUUUUUCCCAGCAACUGUGCCAGCAUAUUACAGAGCACCUCCUACCAGUUUGCAUAAUUGAAUACACAUCUUGGAAGGAAAGGCAUCAAUAUAUAAUCUGUGCACGCAUUCUUAGUAACUGUGGUUUGCCCUACCUAAAAGAAUAAAAGAGCCUACAGGGAAAUUGUUUAUUUAUAAUGCUCCAUUUAUAUUAGGGCAUUGAUAUUGUGCAUGCGCAAUAUAUUAUGCAUUGAUAAAAUAUGAAUAAGUAUUGUCUAAUUUAGGACAAAACUAAGUUUCAAAGUUAAAUCUUCCAAGUAUGAGACUUGAGAAAUGUAACGCUUUGUCUUUGAUAAAAAGUUCGUAUUUUUUGGCUGGUAG